CAUGCCUGUCCUCGUACGUGUGGGGUCCGAUAUGUUAUGAUAGUCAUUUUAAAGUAGUGAGGGAAUAAAGGAGUAGGCUGACUGACGAAACAAGCUCACGGAAUUAUGCUUUUGGUACUCUCUACCGACUGUAAGAUGACAUGCUGUCCUGUCAGAUGAGAUAAGCAGUAGCAGUUACUGUAGCUUUCACCUGAACAUAUCGUUUUAAGUCACUCAUGUAGGCAACUGUAUGUUCAGUGUUGGUCAUGUUCACCGCUCUCUCCACGCAGAGAUAUCUGAAACACAUGCGCUCUCAUCGUUCUUUGUUUUACAAUUUGUCGGGAUAUUGUGGACGCUGGCCCCUAACCUCUUUUGAUAACGCUGCAAUGGCAACAAGGGCAACCAAGCGUUGUCUCUCGACUUCGCCCAUCUGUGAGUCUAGCGUCGGCCAAAUGGACGUGGGUAGCAGGAUCAAGCGUGUGUCCAUAGAGGGAAACAUUGCAGUGGGAAAAUCCACGUUUGCACGGCUUCUGCAAAAGGUGGGCCAGGACUGGGAGGUGAUACCAGAACCAGUCAGCAAAUGGCAGAAUGUUGAAGGCACAUCACAGACUUCAGCGAGUAACCUGCUGGAGAUGAUGUACGCGGACACGCCACGUUGGUCCUACACAUUCCAGACGUUCAGCCUCUUGAGCCGUCUGCGCACUCAGCUCCAGCCACCCCCUGCACAGCUGCUGCACUCCACAGACGCACCUGUGCAGGUGUAUGAGCGCUCCGUUUACAGUGACAGGUACAUUUUUGCGCUCACUAUGUUCCAGUUGGGCUGCAUUAAUGCUACAGAGUGGGCAGUUUACCAGGACUGGCACUCUUUCCUUUUAGAGCAGUUUGGCAUGCUUGUACAGCUAGAGGGCAUCAUCUACCUUAGAGCUCCACCGGAGACCUGUAUGACACGGCUAGGGAUGAGGGGGAGAGAGGAGGAAAAAGGGGUCAAGCUGGACUACUUACAGAAACUCCACUCACAGCAUGAGAGCUGGCUAAUAGACAAGACUACUGUGCUUCAUUCAGAGAAGCUGAAGCAGCUUCCUGUAUUGGUGAUUGAUGCAGGGAUGGAGUUUGAGAAGGACCCAAAAGUUCAGGAAAUGAUUAUCACACAGGUCAAGGAAUUUUUCAAAUCAAUUUGACCUCCCUCCCAAAAUCAGAAUCAGAACUGUUGAAUUGUUAUGUAGUACUGAGAGCAAAACGUGGACUUCCUCCUACCUCUAAUAACAAGGCAGUGACUCCCACAUUGUGACAGUGCAGCAGGCUGACAGUAAAGCAUCAAGUUCCACUGUGAGUCAAUGGCCAUUACAAAUGUGUGUUUUUAAUGAUACUGACUAUGUUUCUGUUCUACAAAAAUACUGUUCACUUUGAUAGUGUUUUGUUCCUGAUAUUACAUUGCUUGUAACAAGUCAGAAAUCUGCUUCUGGGACCUCUUGUAAUAACUCUGUAUGUGAUCAUCUGCAUGUUGACUCUAGUAAUGUGAUUGUUUCUGUUUACAUAGAAAUACACAUUUUAUGUACAAGAUCUUCAAUCUUUCCACCAUAGACACACCGAUAGAGCAAGACUAGACCAUGUCUCUGCUAUAAACAGACCUACAUACGUGCACCAAAAGUGGUUAUUAAUUAUGUUGAGGUAUGGAUCAAAGGGAGUUUGAAUGCAUGACAAAUAACUUGAUGAAGGUCCAGUAAUUGGUUUGCUAUUUUAGCAGAUUUGUGUAUUUAUAUUAUGCAGUUUUGUAUAGUUUAUCUUGGGCUGUUCAUGAUAUUGUAACCUAAACUUGAUAACAUUGACAGACUCUGUGUUCUAUUUACAUAAACAAACAGUGUUAAAUUUAUAUUUAUAUUUAUUUUAGGUCAAAGCUUUUGUCUUCUAUUAUUUUUGAGUUCCUCAAAAUCGGAUGUGCAUCACACUUGAAAAUUCCAUUAAAAACAUUUUAGGUACUGUUA